AUGACUGUUACCAAAGUUGUAAGUUUUUUUUAUUGAAAAAUAAAUAUCAUUUUUUUUUGAAAUUUGCAGCACGACCAACUUGAAAAAAUCCGCAAACUUUCGGAAGAAUUUUUGAAGGAAAUCAACCAGAAAACUGGUAAACUUUCCGAACAAGAUUAUAACAAAAAGAUCGAAAACUUUGAGAAAAAAGCAAAAGAACUCAAUCAAGUUUUGGAAACCGUUCAAAAAAAUUGGCAUGAAAAUGAUAAGAGAAAGAAGAUUUAUGAGGACUUCCACAAAAGUAUCAAGAAUUUGACAACUCAAUUUGAGAAAUUGAAGAACGAGAAAAAACAACGAGGAUUUGAGGAUUGUCCAACAACUUUGGAUUUCAUUCAUAAAUUCACUCAAAAUCGUGCCAAUUUCAAUUUGGAAGCUAUUGAAAUUGCCUAA